UCUUAGGUAAUUAACUGCUUUUAGAGACCUAUCAUAUAUUACUGGAACGGUCAUUCUAAGGGACAUGAAAAAUAGAAGACAUGAAAUCUGCCUUCAAGGAGCUUAAAGUCAGAUGCCAAAUAAAUGCAGAAAAAUCAGCUCAAGACAACAGCAAAGUUCUAAUGGUCCUGUAAAGAAGUCCAUGCGUGAGAAGGCUGUUGAGAGAAGGAAUGUCAAUAAAGAGCAUAAUAGUAACUUUAAAGCUGGAUAUAUUCCAAUUGAUGAAGAUCGCCUCCAUAAAACGGGACUGAGAGGGAGAAAGGGCAAUUUAGCCAUCUGUGUGAUUAUCCUCUUGUUUAUCCUGGCGGUUAUCAAUUUAAUUAUAACGCUUGUUAUCUGGGCUGUGAUUCGAAUUGGACCAAAUGGCUGUGACAGCAUGGAGUUUCAUGAAAGUGGUCUGCUUCGAUUCAAACAAGUAUCUGACAUGGGAGUUAUACAUCCUCUUUACAAGAGCACAGUAGGAGGAAGGCGAAAUGAAAAUUUGGUCAUCACUGGCAACAACCAGCCUAUUGUUUUUCAGCAAGGGACAACAAAGCUCAGUGUAGAAAAGAACCAAACUUCUAUUACAAGUGACAUUGGCAUGCAGUUUUUCGACCCAAGGACUCAAAAUAUCUUAUUCAGCACAGACUAUGAAACUCAUGAGUUUCAUUUGCCAAGUGGAGUGAAAAGUUUGAAUGUUCAAAAAGCAUCUACUGAAAGGAUUACCAGCAAUGCUACUAGUGAUUUAAACAUAAAAGUUGAUGGACGUGCUAUUGUGCGUGGAAAUGAAGGAGUGUUCAUUAUGGGCAAAACCAUUGAAUUUCACAUGGGUGGUAAUAUGGAGUUAAAGGCAGAAAACAGCAUCAUCCUAAAUGGAACUGUGAUGGUUAGCACAACUCGCCUACCUAGUUCCUCCAGUGGAGACCAGUUUGGUUCUGGCGACUGGGUGCGCUACAAGCUCUGCAUGUGUGCUGACGGAACUCUCUUCAAAGUGCAAGUAACUGGCCAGAACAUGGGCUGCCAAAUCUCAGACAACCCCUGUGGAAACACCCAUUAGAAGAACCCAAGAGGUCACCAAUAUGUUCAUAUCUUGACUUGACUUGUUUUUUGAGAGUAUGCAUGCAAAUCAUGUUUUUACAGAGUUUGUGGUAACUCGUGAUUAUUUUACCUGCAGAGCACUACCAUAUCUAUGUAAUCUCCAUAUUUAAAAUAUUCGCAGAGAGCCUAAAUUCUAAUACAUUUCAUUAAGUUGCACUGAUCUUCAAACUGCAGUUCUCUAAAAUAAUUAUCAGAAGUAAGUAAAACUAAAAUUAAUCUUUAAAGAAGUGUUUUUUUUUUUUUUUUACUUUAAUGAGAAGAUAAAGAAGUGUUCUUAAAAUUCCACUAUUCCUUGUCUAAAGGAUAAAGGACUGAAGCAACUGUUGAGACUCACUAUAAGUAAGCUUUUGGUAACUAAUGGGGAUAGACCCACUGAAGAUGUUUAAAAGGUACACUGUGAGUAAAUGGUACAUGCUCUGUCUUUUGGCUUCUGAGAAGAAAGACAGAUUUUUAGUGCAUUAACUUUCAGCCAUAUUCUCACAUGCAAGUGAAGUCAUUAAAGAACUUCACAUAGGUGAGAUAGUAAGAAACUAUGGUUCCUUAGUUUUGCACUAGGCGGAAAAUACCCUGUAAUAGAAUGUUUACUUGUUAAAUAUUGAUAAAUAUUGUGUUCAUAAUGUGGUAGAAAUUCAAACACCAUCCCAGGUUUAAGUUUUAAAUAAUGAUGAUAGCUGUCACUUAUUGAGCAUCUUAUACAUCCCAGGCAUUGUCCUAGGCAUUGCAUGUGUAAUAUCUCUAAUUCUCAUCACAAGUCUGUAAGUAGAUGUUAUUAUCCCAGUUUUACCUGUUAGGAAACUGAGGAUCAGAGAAGUUAAGAAACUUGCCUAAUGUCACAUAGGAAAAGCAGACUUGAGAUUGGAAUUCAGGUGUGAUUCAAACUUGGUUGUACCUGCUUCCAGAUACCGUGUUCUUUUCAUUUUCUGCACUGAAGUUUUAAUUAUUUAAAACUCUAGAAAGAGGAACAAAAACUAAUUCAAACUUACCUAAGCAGAUAAGAAUUAAACAAAACAGGUAUGCAUACUCUAGUUAAAAGAUAAUAAAUCAAUCUCGUGCCAAAAAAACUGACCAAUCACUGUCAGGUUUUAAACCAUCUUAAGACAAUUCCAAAAUAUUAUACUAUCGAGAGAUCAAAUUGGCCUAGUUGUGGGUUACCCCAGUUUCCCAACAGAUGGCCUUGGCACACUGCAGUACUUGAUUGGGUAAAAGGGUUGCCAAGAUAUUUAUACCCUCAGCCCUCAGGGCAAUACCGUGGGAAGUGGGGAGGCCAUGGCCCCAGGCAGGUCCUGCUGGUGGAGAAUGGCCUGGUGGUUUACCCCAGUGUGCCAUACAAAUGUUACCCUUUCUAAUGUGUGCCAUGCCUGGAAAAAGGUUGGAAAGCACUAGACUAAAGGGUACUAAUGCAGGAAAUAAUACAAGUAAUGUUUAAGUAGGUAUGAGAAUUGAUCUCCGCUCCUAAUAUCACCAUCCCAUUGGAUGGAUUUACGACUCUCAAGCCAAUUGAUUUUUAAUGUAUUUUAUAUUUGACUUCAAAGGAACUCUCUGGUAUUAAGACACACACAACAUCAGGGACAGAGACUUCAAAGUAGUUUGCUGUAAAGUAGGCGGUAGAGAUAAAUUAUAGGCCCCACUCUGUGUUCUAGUGUAACGAUAUUCUGUCAUGGUCACUUUGAGCUGUGUAGAUAAGAAAAUCAAUACAAAAAGCAAUUUGCAUUCAAUAUUGUCACAGUUCUCUCUGAUAGAAAAACCAGAUGCCUUAGAGACUAUGAAUAGUCAUUAAAAUAAACUAAAAUAGAGAUUGGUGGGCCGGCCCCUGGCUUAAUGCUUAAGUGCGCACGCUCCGCUACUGGCGGCCCAGGUUCAGAUCCUGGGCGCACACCGACACACCGCUUUUCUGGCCGUGCUGAGGCCCCGUCCCACAUACCGCAACUAGAAGGAUGUGCAACUACAACAUACAACUAUCUACUGGGGCUUUGGGGAGAAAAAGGAGGAGGAUUGGCAAUAGAUGUUAGCUCAGAGCUGGUCUUCCUCAGCAAAAAGAGGAAGAUUAGCAUGGAUGUUAGCUCAAGGCUGAUCUUCCUCACAAAAAAAAAAAAAGAAAGAAAAAAAGAGAGAUUGGCUUACUGUGUAAUACUGGGUGCAGUUUUUAAAUUAAGGAAAAAAGAGAGAGUGAAAUGGGUGACCUCUGAGUGUUAUUAGUUGUAGUGAACCUAUUUGAAUAUAUUCAGUAUCAUUUAAUAUCUGGAUGAUAUUCAGGAUUCAGGAAAAAAUCCAUUGGAAUUUUCAUUCAGAUGCUCAGUAUAUUUUUUAAAUUUUACAUCAUUACUUGUCUGCUCUAUUUAGAUUUGUUUUGCAAGUUUCUUUAGAUAAAUAUUUUUACAAAAAAGACAGAACACUAUGUUCAAAGUAUUAUUUAUUGACAGUAAUUCAUGAAAUAAUCUAUUUUUAUUCCUCUUUGAGAAAUACUUGUUUUUGAUACAUCUCCCUUAAGCGCUUUUGACAUGAGAGGAUAUUUUGCUGUUUUUAUAGAACUGAUUGUUAAGGUAACAGGUAUAGAAUUUUAGGACACGUUAGAGGUAGCCCUUGCCUUUUCACUGAAAUUGUAAAAUGGAAACUCAGUGGAAAGCAGAACAAGAACAAACCGUCCAUUUUACCUGCGACCUAUUUUGCAUAACAGUAAAGCAUCAGCUACUCAUUCUCACCACCAGAUGGUGUUUUUCUAUAAACUGAAGUGUUAACUUUGCCUCUUUCUGCUGGUUGUUCCUCCCGUGCGUUGAGCACUGAUAUGACAAGCAGCGGACUUUGGGGAGGUAGAUGACAGAGACAGGAUCCUAGGAGAGUAGGGCGGAUACAUGCUUGUUUAAAUAACUACAAUACCUGGGCCAGCCCGGUGGCACAAGCGGUUAAGUGCUCGAGCUCCACUGCGGCGGCCUGGGGUUCGCCAGUUCGGACCCCGGGCGCGCACCGACACACCACUUGGCAAGCCAUGCUGUGGUGGCGUCCCAUAUAAAGUGGAGGAAAUUGGGCACGGAUGUUAGCCCAGGGCCAAUCUUCCUCAGCAAAAAGAGGAGGAUUGGCAGAUGUUAGCUCGGAGCUGAUCUUCCUCACCAAAAAAAAAUAAAUAAAUAACCACAAUACCUUAGAGGAGGAUUGCAAUUACAAGGGGACAAAUGAUAUAAAAGCAAGAUGUUUUGGAGACUGUCUAAGGGGCAGAUAGGAAAAAUGCAAAACAACACCAAGUGAGGACUGCCUAUAUGUGGUCUACAAUAUUUAAAAAUAUACUUAUUUGUGUUCUUUUCCAUUAUGAAAAAACUAAAUAAACUUUGUGUGAUAGUUUUGAUGAUAAAAGGUGGAAGUUCUACCUAGUUUUGAAUGAGUUUUUUUUAAGAGGGUGAGAAUGUUACGGUGCUAAACUUGACAAAGAGACCAUUGAAAUGCUGAUAAUUUUAGUAAUCUUUUUUAAAGUGUUGAGGUGGCAAAGAUUACAAAUUAUGCCAUGGGAAAAUAAACCUAUAAAUCUGUUUUGGGUUACUAACUUGAGUUUCAGUUAAUCCAGUUUGUAAUAACUAUUAAUGACCUCUGUUUACAAUAAAGAUUCUGUAAA